AUGUCAGACAAACCGUUCACAGUCCUCAUCGCCGGCGGCGGUAUAGCCGGCCUGACGCUCGCAAACAUGCUCGAGAAGAUCGGCGUCAACUACUUGAUUCUUGAGGGUUAUCGCGAGAUGGCACCUCAAGUAGGUGCAAGCAUCGGCAUCCUUCCAAAUGGUUGCCGCGUCCUGGACCAGAUUGGCCUGUACGACGAGAUCAGGAAACUCAUCGAUGGCCCUCUCUACGAGACGUCUCUUCGCCACCCUAAAGGAAACAUGGUCACCAACUACUUGAACGUUGGAGGUCAAGUACGCGAAAGGCACGGAUAUGAUACCGUCUUCGUGGACCGCCAAAUGAUCCUUGAAGUGUUGUGGCGCAACCUCAAGAAUAAGGACAAUAUCCUUGUCAACAAAAAGGUGACAAAGGUCGAGCUUGAGCCAUCGCGAGUCAAGGUGGAGACAGGCGAUGGAAGUUCUUACUACGGAGACAUCUUGGUCGGUGCAGAUGGUGUCCACAGCAAGGUCAGAAAUGAGAUGUGGCGGCUUGCAGAUGCUCUUGAGCCUGGCUAUAUUCCUGCCUCGGAGUACAAAGAGUGUCUUCCCACGGUCUACAAGUGCAUUUUCGGCAUUUCCAUCGACAAGAGCUGGGAGCCACAGACUGUGCAGACGAACUUGAACAAGGGCUACUCUUACCUCAUCAUCAGUGGACCUAAGAACCGUGUUUACUGGUUCCUGUUUGUUAACAUGGGUACGACUCACUACGGCCCUGAGCUCCCCAGCUUCACCAAGAAAGACGAAGAGACCUUGGCAAAUGAGCACAUGAACGACAAGAUUCUGGAGAACCGCACCUUCAGAGAUUUGUACUCGACCAAGAUCUCAUCCGUGCUCACCCCUUUACCCGAAUAUGUGUUCAAGAGGUGGCAUUUCCAGCGCAUCAUGACCAUUGGAGAUGCGGCGCACAAGUUCGAGCCAAUUGCCGGCCAGGGAGGCAACAGUGCAAUCGAGACCGCUGCUGUCCUCGUCUCAAACCUCGCAACUAUGCUAAAGAGCAAGACGCGCCCGUCAGACAUCACCUCGGCCGACAUCAACGCCGUAUUCACCAAGACCCAAGCGACACGGGAGGCACGAACCCAGGCGCUCGUGAAGGCAUCUCACGAAGAGCAGCGCUUCGCCGCCAUGGAAUCCCCUCUCCUGGAAGUGGUUGGUAAUCACGUUGCUCCAAUUCUUUCUCUCGACGAAAAGUGGGAUCAGUGGUCCCAAAACAUUGAGGGUGGGCACAAGCUCGAGAUCAUGGAUGGUCCGAAACGUCCCCAUGCCGUCCCAUUCCAUGACGAGCUGGCCAGCACUCCUCUAACUCCGUCCUACAUCCCCAAGAUCACAGUUGCCGCCGCGCUGUGCGGUCUGCUCUACAUUGCGCAACACGCGCUUGUUCUGAAUACGGGCCCAGAGGUUGUCGCUGUGAGCGCCUCGUUCGUUGGCGUGCCUGCAAAGACCACUUACACGGGGUUCCCAUCAAUCGACAAUCUUCUCGCCAUCUUCGUUUGGGCCUUCUCGGAACAAGUCGCUGGGCCCAAUCCCAACGACAGAACCCAGUGCCUCUACUUCCUGAUCAGUUUGAUCCCCAUCAUCUACAUCUGGACGGUCGAAGGCUACCGUAACGGCAACGUUCAUUCCUUGGUUUCCAUCCCGUCCAUCUUUGGUAUCUACCAGCUGCUCGGAAUAGGAAAGGUCGCGCCAUUCUACUUCCUCCUCAGCGUGUACACAACCAGCAGAAGCGUCUACGCCCGCACGACCGGCCGUCCCGUUCCUUCUCAUGUCGCCAAGGUCAUCCUACCCGCUCUGUGUCUUGGAUACGCCAUCCCCACGGCCCUCAUGUUCCUGCCCCACGAGGAUGCCGUCACUCAGCAGAACGCCAUCGCUUUCUGGCAACCAUUCCCUGUCUAUGUCUCACUUCUCGCCUGGGCCGGUUCAAAGGUUGUGUAUGCCAUGAAGCCCACCAAGACCCUCGAUUGGGAAGCCCUCGAGAACAAGGAUCUCCCUUACCUUCAGUCUGGCUACGCUUUCUGCUUCUUCGCCACUGCCGUCACUCACAUCAGCACAUUCCUGUACGCCGGUCUCAACGCCUCCGUCUCCAUCUCUGAGUCCUUCUUCGGUCUUCCCCCUUGGGACGCGAUGACCAUCGCUGGGUUCUGGAAGUACGACAUGGUGCUUUGCUUCGCCUCCGUCGCGGUCUGGCUUCUUUACAGCGUGUUCGAGAUGAGAAGAUUCGGAUACAUCACGACCUCGGCGGCACUUAAGGCAGUUGGACUGACUCUGGCCGGUAGUGUGCUUGUGGGACCUUCUGCCACGUAUGCAGGUGUCUGGGCCUGGAGAGAGUCGGUCAUUGCGAGCUAUGGCAAGGCCGUGACCAAGUCGAAGGAAGAUUAA